UUCUUUCCAGCUUCUGUAAGAGUUAUUGCCUUGCUGUCUUCUUGGGGAAGCCUUGCCAUAUCACUGAUGUCAUACCAGAAGUCACUGAGGAAUUCACAUGAAGAGAAGGCCAAGAUGAGCCUGAAGAGCCUCCCAUUCUAUUUCGUAUGGAGGGCCAGUGAAAUUGGUGGGAGGGUUCUCUGUAUUGCAAUGUUUGCCUCUGCUUUUGAUCUGUGGGUGUUUGGGCCUUUAGUGUUUCACUGGGUCUUUAUGUCAGGUUGGUUGAUUCUGCAGAAAACUACAUUCUACAAAAAUGUGUGUCUUGAGAAAGUCUUCAAUAUCAUCUGCGGCUACGUCAUGGUCUUUUGCUUUCUGAAUCUGCGAGAGGGACAGACCAGAUUCCGUGUGAUCUUAUUUUACUUCAUAUUGUAUGUGGAGAAUUUUUUCAUGCUGGCACUGUGGUUUCGCUUCACCCAAGAUUUGGGGGCCUGGUUUCACCUGUGGGGAUUUAUAGUGGUGCUCAUACUCUUUGUGCUCCACAUUGUUUUUCAACUGGUAUACUACUGGUUCUUCCACCCCACGAAGGCCAUAAAGAUGUGCCUACCAUGUGACCGCUAUGUAGUGUAUAGUUCUAUAUGCCAUGAUCUGCAGCCCCGUGAGGACAGUGCCGGUGGAGAUUUGAAUCGGAGCUGUCCCACCAACAUGGAAAUUAUAGUUGAGAAUAAAGGGUCAAAAAUAGCCCAGAAUACUUUUAAAGACUCCCAGGUUUCUAUGGUGUGAAUUUUCAAACUUGUUGAAGAAAUAAAAGACAUUGUACUGUUGCAAGUGUUUUAACAAUGCCAGAUGAAUAUUGUCCCAUAAUUAAAAAAAAUAGAAUACUGCAGC